GUGGAAUUGCCGUACUUUUCCCGCUCUAUUGCCUUACGUGUAAGCUUUGGGUAACCACACGGGCUUCACGGAAAUUAUUCUUUAUUUUUAUACUAGUACUUAACGUACUAAAGCCUCGACACACGACGUUUAUAUAACUAAUUUACCGGACUAAGAGGUCAUUCAAAGUUAUCUGGCUGGUGUCGGUGCACGUUGACGCUUCUGUGGCUAUCCUAAUUUCGGUUAGCUGAGCUUGUUGGCUGCGAACAAAAUAGUUUUUUUUCUCCGACACAAGCUCAGACGUCUCGACACAACCACUUUAAAAAAAAAUUUUUUUUUCCUGUAAUCUACCAGUGCGGAUCAACUCGUCUGGGUGUACGUUGAAGCCUCUCAUGCGAGUUGAGUUGCGUUUAACUUAGCUUGCUAGCGGCUAACACAGAGACGCGGAAGUGAUCAAGACAGAGCUAAACAGAGAUCCAAGUGUGAGUGCAAAGUGUUGUGAUUAUCGCGGUAAAAUGUGUGCAAGGAAGACAGCAGAGUACGUGGAGAAACUUUUGGGAACAAACGAGGAAGACGAGCGACAAUAUCGACUACUGGACGCAAUUUUCAAGCAGCCUCGAGUUGUGUUACACAGAGGAGACGUCAGUAAAAAAUAUCUUCGUCCUAAGCAAGAGGAGCCAAAUUGCCCUCCCGGGGAAGAUGGGGAGGAAGAUAAAGAACCCUCCUCCAUUAAAGAGGAAGAGGAUGAUGAUGACAUCAGCAAGCUGCCAUUUCCUUGUGUCAUUGUGAAGAUUGAAGAUUAUAAAGAAGAAACUGAUGGAGACCCCUGUGGAGGAUCACAAGCGGACAACCGCCUAGUUCCACUUUCAGAUAGUGGCGACACGACGUCACACUCUUUUGAAACUGAUGACAAGGAACACUCCGAAGACUUCGGCGAAACUGAUCUUAGUCCCGAGCAACAGAAGCCAGAAUCCACUCACAUUAAAGAGGAAGGGAAGCCAUAUCCGCCUUACAUUAAAGAGGAAGAAGAGGACGACGAUAUCAGCAAGUUUCCACUGACUGUUGUCCAUUUGAAGAGUGAAGACAUAGACAAAGACAUCAGUGAAAAAUAUCUUGGUCCUGAGCAGCAGGGCCCAGAUCGCACUCACAUUAAAGAGGAAGAGGAGGAGGAAGAGCCUCCUCAGAUUAAAGAGGAGGCAGAGGAAGACAUCACCAAGUUGCUAUUCAUUGAUAUCCGUUUGAAGAAUGAAGAUGAAGGUAAAGGCCAAUGCGAGGGCAGAGGGCCUGAGCCUACAAACAGCAGCUCAAGUCAACACAUGACAACAGAAGGUGAUAGAGACCACUGCGGAAGGUCACAAGCUGGCAGCCUCUUCGCUACACUAUCAGAUAGAGACGACGUAGCGUCACACUCUCCUGACACUGAUGAGGAACACUCUAAAGGUGAUAUGUUAUGCCAGACGGACAGCAAACAAAGUAACAAACAAACAAACAACAAACGCUGGGAGUGUUCCUACUGUGGGAAAACAUUUUGUUCAAAGUGGGUUUUAAAAGCACAUGUGAGAAUACACACUGGGGAGAAUACUUUUGAUUGCUUGGUUUGUGGUAAAAGAUUCCCUACACAGUUUCACUUGAAAGCACACGCCAGAACGCACACUGGGGAGAGACCCUUUGCCUGCUCAGUUUGUGAUCAAAGAUUCUCUGAUAAGGGAAGCUUAAAGAAGCACACAAGAAUACACACUGGUGAGAAACCUUUUGCCUGCUCAGUUUGUGGAAAAAGAUUCACGGACCAGCGAACUUUGGGAAAACACAGAAGAAUUCACACUGGAGAGAAACCUUUUACCUGCUCAAUUUGCGGAAAUAGAUUCCCUACAAAUGGAAAUUUAAAAAGACACACAAGAACACACACUGGGGAGAAACCUUUUGUCUGCUUAGUUUGUGGUAAAAGAUUUACUUUAAAGGAAAGUUUAAUAUCACACACAAGAACACACACUGGAGAGAAGCCUUUUGCCUGUUCAGUUUGUGGUAAAAGUUUCCCUCAGAGAGAGCAACUGCGAACACACACAAGAACACACACUGGAGAGCAACUUUGUGCCUGCUCAGUUUGUGGUAAAGGAUUCUCUAGACAGGGACUUUUAAUAAGGCACUUGAGAACACAUAGUGGGGAGAAACCUUUUGCCUGUUCAGUUUGUGGCAAAACCUUUUCUGAAAAUGGAAGCUUAAGAAGACACUGUAGAACCCACACUGGAGAGAAACCUUUUGCCUGCCCAGUUUGUGAUAAAAGAUUCACUCGGAAGACAGAUUUAAUCAGACACACAAGAACACACACCGGGGAGUAACGGUUACAUACACGUGUGCUGGUGAGAAUACAUGUGGUCAAGCUUAAAUUGCCUUUUUGCCGCAGUUGAGCACAUACGUACAUAAAGUUCAGUAGUGUGUGAAGAAACUUCGACUUUGUGGUAAGAUGAAAAAGUGUAUAUCUGGUGCUGAAUAAAAUAUGCCUUUAAACGGUGAUA